CCCUCCCGGAAGCCAGGGGGCGCUGUGAUGGGUCCACGCAGGCCAUGCGCGCCCCUCCUUCCGUCCGCGGCCCGGAAACCGGCGAUGGCUCGGAAUGUGCUGUACCCUCUGUACCAGCUGGGUAACCCCCAGCUCCGCGUCUUCCGAACAAACUUCUUCAUUCGGCUGGUGCGGCCCGGCACGGCCCAGCCUGAGGACACCGUGCAGUUCCGGAUCCCCAUGGAGAUGACCAGGGUGGACCUCCGGAACUACCUUGAGCGUAUCUACAACGUGCCUGUGGCCACUGUGCGGACAAGGGUGCAGCAUGGUUCCAACAGGAAGAGGGACCACAGGAACGUCAGGGUGAAGAGCCCCGACUACAAGGUUGCCUACGUGCAGCUGGCCCAUGGACAGACCUUCACGUUCCCCGACCUGUUUCCCGAGCAAAAGCAGAGCCCCGACGGCAGCCCCAGUGGCGACGACAUCCAGGACAAGCUCCUGGAGGAGCAGCGGCAGCGGCAGCGGCAGGACCCCCGGCGCGGCGGCGUGCCCGGCUGGUUCAGCCUGUGACAGCCCCAGUAAAGUCCCACGUGUGGAGCAAA